GUCCAGGUCCAGCGGGUGCUGUUAUCUUCAAGUAUGGGGUCUGCUGGCUUGUCGCGGCUGCAUGGGCUUUUCGCGGUCUAUAAGCCCCCGGGGCUAAAAUGGAAGCACCUGCGGGAUACAGUGGAGCUACAACUUCUGAAGGGUCUCAAUGCCAGGAAGCCUCCCGCCCCUAAACAGCGUGUUCGCUUCUUGCUGGGCCCCAUGGAAGGCAGCGAAGAGAAGGAGCUGACCCUCACAGCCACCAGCGUACCCUCUCUCAUCAACCAUCCACUGGUAUGUGGACCAGCAUUCACCCACCUCAAGGUUGGCGUGGGACAUCGGUUGGAUGCCCAGGCUUCUGGAGUACUUGUGCUCGGCGUGGGACAUGGAUGCAGGCUCCUCACCGAUAUGUACAAUGCUCAUCUUACCAAGGAUUACACAGUGCGUGGCCUCCUGGGCAAAGCUACAGAUGACUUCCGUGAGGACGGGAGGCUGGUAGAGAAGACAACCUAUGACCACGUGACCAGAGAGAAGCUGGACCGCAUUCUGGCCAUUAUCCAAGGCUCCCAUCAGAAGGCCCUGGUGAUGUACUCCAACCUCGACCUGAAGACCCAGGAGGCCUAUGAGAUGGCCGUGAGAGGCCUGAUCCGGCCCAUGAACAAGUCCCCGAUGCUGAUAACUGGCAUCCGAUGCCUCCACUUUGCACCUCCGGAAUUCCUCUUAGAGGUGCAGUGCAUGCAUGAGACGCAGAAAGAGCUGCGAAAGUUGGUUCAUGAAAUCGGCCUGGAGCUAAAGACCACUGCUGUCUGCUCCCAAGUGCGGCGCACACGCGACGGCUUCUUCACGCUAGACAGUGCCCUCCUGAGGACCCAGUGGGACCUAACCAAUAUCCAGGAUGCUAUCCAGGCUGCCGCCCCCCAGGUAGCUGCAGAGCUGGAGAAGAGCUUGAGCCCGGGGCUGGACACCAAGCAGCUCCCCAGUCCGGGAGGGUCCUGGGACUCCCAGGGCCCGAGCUCUACCUUGGGGCUGGAGGAGUGUGGGGCAGUGGAUGGAUAAAUAGAAGAACUGCUCUGAGCUGGACCUGAUAGCUGUGCAGAAAGUGAGAGUAGGGGCACCUUUUCUGUGUGUGACACAAAACUCAAGCUGUAACAGAAAGAUCAAUGGACUUGACCCAACUGAAAAGGAAAAACUUGCGUAUGGAGGAAAAGACAGUAAACAAAUGACAGACUGAUAGAAAGUAUUGGCAGACCAGGUGUGGUGGCCGGCACUUGUAAUCCCAGCUACUCCCAAGGCUGAGGCAGGAGAAUUGCUUGAGCCCAGGAGUUUAAGGUUGUAGUGCGCUGGACGGCACCUGUGAAUAGCCACUGCACUAUAGUCUGGGGAAUAUAUGAGACCCCCCCCAUCUCAAAAAAAAAAAAAAUUCCCAAUAAACUAUGUGCCCACGAAAAUUAAAAAUUAAAAAAAAUUAUAAGUAUCUGCAGUGUCAUUAACCAAGGACUAAUAUCCACAAUAUACAGAGAGCCCUUAGAAAGCAAUAAGAAAACAAUGACAAAAUUAGGCAAAUGAGAUGAAGUGUGUAUCAGAAGAAAUCCAAAUGGCUAGUAAGCCAGAAAUGACACUCAACCUCUUUAAUACUGGAGACAUAGAUGAAAAUGAGAUGAUUUUUGUUGUUUUUCUGUUGUUGUUUUGAGACGGAGUCUCACUCUUGUUGCCCAGGCUGGAGUGCAGUGGCACGAUCUUUGCUUACUGCAGCCUCCGCCUCCCAGGUUCAAGUGAUUCUCCUGCCUUAGCCUCCCAAGUAGCUGGGGUCACAGUCGCCCGCCACCACACCUGGCUAAUUUUUUGUAUCCGAGAUGAGGUUUCCCCAUGUUGGCCUGGCUCGGCCUCCCAAAGUGCUGGGAUUACAGGUGUGAGCCACUGCACCUGGCUGGGACCUCAGUCUUUUCUCUUAAAGGUCUUCAGUUUAUUGAAUGAGCUCCACCCGCAAUUGUGGUGGAUAAUCAGUGUGACUUAAAGUCUACCCAUUGACUGAUUGAAAUGUUAAUCUUUUUUUGUUUUUGUUUUUGUUUUUGUUUUUGAGACUUGCUUUGUGGCCCAAGGCUGGAGUGCAGUGGUGCGAUCUCGGCUCACUGCAACCUCCGCUUCCCAGGUUCACGCCAUUCUCCUGCCUCAGCCUCCCGAGUAGCUGGGAUUACAGGUGUGUACCACCAUGCCUGGCUAAUUUUUGUAUUUUUAGUAGAGACAGGGUUUCACCAUGUUGGCCAGGCUGGUCUGGAACUCCUGACCUCGGUGGUCCGCCCACCUCGGCCUCCCAAAGUGCUGGGAUUACGCCCACCUCGGCCUCCCAAAGUGCUGGGAUGACAGGCAUGAGCCACCACACCCGGCCUGUUUUUGUUUUUUAGACAGGGUCUUGCUCUGUCACCCAGGCUGGAGUGCAGUGAUGCAAACAUGACUCACUGCAGCUUUGUCCUCUCAGGCUUAACCAUCUUCCCACCUCAGCUUCCAGAAUAGCUGGGACUGCAGGCACGCACACAGUAUCUGGCUAAUUUAUUUAUUUAUUUAUUUAAUUUUAUUUUUGAGACAGGGCCUUGCACUGUCGCCCAGGCUGGAGUGCAGUGGCGCGAUUUCAACUCAUUGCAGCCUCGACCUCCUGGGUCAAGCGAUUCUUCCUGCCUCAGUCUCCAGAGUUGCUGGGAUUACCGGUGUGUACCACCAAGCCUGGCUAAUUUUUGUAUUUUUAGUAGAGACAGGGUUUCACCGUGUUGGCCAGGCUGGUCUCGAACUCCUGACCUCAGGUGAUCCGCCCACCUCGGCCUUCCAAAGUACUGGGAUUAUAGGCAUGAGCCACUGUGCCCGGCCUGUUUUUUUUAGACAGAGUCUUGCUCUGUCACCCAGGCUGGAGUGCAGUGGUGCAAACAUGACUCACUGCAACGUCAUCCUCCCAGGCUCAACCAUCUUCCCACCUCACCCUCCAGAAUAGCUGGGACUACAGGCGUGCGCCACGAUGCCUGGCUAAAUUUUUUUUUCCAGCCAAUUUUAUUAUUAUUUUUUUGAGAUGGAGUCUUGCUCUGUCACCCAGGCUGGAGUGCAAUGGCACGAUCUCGGCUCACUGCAACCUCUGCCUUCCAGGGUCAAGUGAUUCUCCUGCCUCAGCCGCCCGAGUAGCUGGGAUUAUAGGCGUUCGCCACCACGCCCAGCUGAUUUUUGUAUUUUUAGUAGAGAUGGGGUUUCACCAUGUUGGACAUGCUGGUCUCAAAGUCCUGACCUCAGGUUAUCUGCCCGCUUCAGCCUCCCAAAGUGCUGGGAUUACAGGCAUGAGCCACUGUACCUGCCCACCUGAGAUCAGGAGUUCGAGACCAGCCUGGCCAACAUAGUGAAACCCCGUCUCUACUAAAAAUACAGAAAUUAGCCAGCUAUGGUGACGCACUCCUGUAAUCCCAGCUACUUGGGAGGCUGAGGCACAAGAAUCGCUGGAGCCCAGGAGGUGGAAAUUGCCAUUAGCUGAGAUUGUGCCCCUGCACUCCAGUCUGGGCGAGAGAGUGAGACUCUGUCUCAGAAAAGAAAAAAAAAAAGGCCGGGCACGGUGGCUAACGCCUGUAAUCCCAGCACUUUGGGAGGCCAGGGUGGGCGGAUCACGAGGUCAGGAGUUCAAGACCAUCCUGACCAACAUGGUGAAACCCGUCUCUACUAAAAAUACAAAAUUAGCCGGGCGUGGUUGCACGUUCCUGUAGUCCCAGCUACCUGGGAGGCUGAUGCAGAAGAAUAGCUGGAACCCGGGAGGCGGAGCUUGCAGUGAGUGGAGAUUGCGCCACUGCACUCCAGCCUGGGUGACAGAGUGAGACUCUUGUCUCAAAAAAAAAAAAAAGAGAAAGAAAAAACAGAACAAAAUCAGCAAUAUUUAGAUAAGCAGAAUCCAAUGAAAUGGUGAGGAAAGCUGGGUGGGAGUGGAGGGUAUCAGCAAAACUCAGUUCUUUGGAAAAAUUAGGUAACUUGAACGUAGGGCACAUGGGCUGUCACACCACCCCAUUUAGGGUCCUUAUUGGCAUAGAGAUGAUAAAAGUGGACUCUGAUGGCCUCUCAUGAUCUCAGGAUAGCAGGGGAACUCUGAGUCAUGGCCAAAAUAUUUGGUCAAUGUACAGCCUCAGACAGCUGGGAAUACCACCCCAAAUCACCUGGAUAAGGAGAUGUUUUCCUUUUCCUGUGUCUUUAACUCUGAGAAGGAUGGAGUUGAACAAUCAACGAUUGUUAAAAAUGUACCAAAUGUGUAAGCAUCAUGAGGUGUUUAAGCUGAGCUUUUAAAUUAAAAUUCUGCUGGGCGUGGCAGCUCAUGCCUGUAAUCCCAGCACUUUGGGAUCCCCACACAGGAGGAUUGCUGGAGCCCAGAAGUUUGAGAACAGCCUGGGCAACACAAGGAGACCCUGUCUCUGCAAAAAAAAAAAAAAAAAAGCCAGGUGUAUUGGUGUGUGCCUGUAGUCCCAGCUACUAGGGAGGCUGAGAUGGGAGGAUCGCUUGAACCUAGCAAGUCAAGGCGGCAGUAAAUGGAGAUCUGUACUCCAGCCUGGGCAACAGAGCGAGACCCUAUGUCAGAAAAAAAGAAAAAGCCACCCAGCAGGUUGAGUGUGGUGGCUCACGCCUGUAAUCCCUGCACUUUCGGAAGCCAAAGCAGGUGGAUCACUUGAGGUCAGUAGUUCGAGACCAGCCUGGCCAACAUUGUGAAACCCUGUCUCUACCAAAAAUACAAAAAUUAGCUGGGCAUGGUGGUGCUUGUCUGUAGUCCCAGCUACUCCAGAUCUGGGCUGAGAUGGGAGAAUCAUUUGAACCCAGGAGGUGGAGGUUGCAGUGAGCCGAAAUCACACCACUGUACUCUAGCCUGGGUGACAGAGUGAGACCCUAUCUCAAAACAAACAAACAAACAAAAACCCCACCAGCAACCUUGCUGACAAAUCCACAGGCCCCGACGUCUGCCAGUUGCCUGCCUGGAUGAACUGGGCACCUGGGGGAGGGGCGUGGCCCCCAGGCUACUCAUCUUGGCUUUUGCAGCCGAAGGGCCUGGGUCAAGCCUCAGCUUACUGUGUUUACUGACUGGGUAAUGUGACCUCUGUGAAGCUGGUCACCUAUCUAUAAAAUGGGGAUUAAAAUGACACUCACUUGCUCAUUC